AAGCCGCAGUUCCUCCAGGACAGAGUAGUCAGGAGAAAACUUAGCGGACGUGCAGGAACAGGUGGACAGGCACGCGAGCCCUAAGUGCCCUUUCGCUGUCGGUGUCCGUCCGCGUCAUCCUUCACUGAGGCCAGGUCAAGGUAGCCAACAGGGGAGCCUCCGCUUGUCUUACCGGCGACACCAUGAGCCAGAGGUUUACCGUCUCCAAGAGAGACGGCGACCGGUGCGCCGCAGACAUCCAGGGUGAAGUGAACCAGCUGUUCGAGGGGGACGAGCCCACAACCAGCGGCGCCGCAGACACGCAGGAGGCUGCCAACGCCGAGGCGGUGCUGGUGCUCAAAGGUGACAAUAACCCUAAAGAGAGCAGUCCUUUCAUCAACAGCAGCGAUGCCGCCGCAGAGAAGAGCCAGCAGUAUGAUGGCAAGAACAUGGCCUUGUUUGAGGAGGAGAUGGACACCAGCCCCAUGGUGUCAUCUCUGCUCAGCAGCCUGGCAAACUACUCCAACCUGCCCCAGGGCAGCAAGGAGCACGAGGAGGCGGAGAACAACGAGGCGGAGUCAUCACGCAAGAAACCAGUCAAGGCCCCCCAGCUCGGUACUCUGAUGGGUGUCUAUCUGCCAUGCAUCCAAAACAUCUUUGGAGUGAUUCUGUUCCUCAGGAUGACCUGGUUGGUUGGCAUCGGAGGCGUCAUCGGGACCUUCAUCAUCGUCUUCAUGUGCUGUGCCACGACCAUGCUGACUGCCAUCUCGAUGAGCGCCAUCGCCACCAAUGGAGUAGUACCAGCUGGAGGCUCCUACUACAUGAUUUCUCGUUCGCUGGGCCCUGAGUUUGGGGGAGCGGUGGGGAUCUGUUUCUACCUGGGGACCACCUUCGCUGGAGCUAUGUACAUCCUGGGGGCCAUCGAGCUCCUCCUGAUCUACAUAGUGCCCAAAGCGGCCAUCUUUCCCCUGGAAGGCCUGGAAGGGGCCGAGGCAGAGGCCGCCCUGCUGAACAACAUGCGUGUGUACGGGACCAUUCUGUUGACCUCCAUGGCCACGGUGGUGUUCGUCGGGGUGAAGUAUGUCAACAAGCUGGCCCUGGUCUUCCUGGCCUGCGUCAUCCUCUCCAUCCUGGCUGUCUACGCUGGUGUCAUCAAGACCGGCGUUGACCCUCCCGACUUCCCGGUGUGCGUCUUGGGGAACCGCACCUUGGUGUGGAAGAAUUUCGAUGUGUGUGCAAAGACAAUUGAGACCGCUAAUGGAACGGUCACCACCCAGCUGUGGCGCAUGUUCUGCGAUUCACCCUUCCUCAACGCUACCUGUGACAAGUACUUUGUUUCCAACAACGUGUCCCAGGUCCAGGGCAUUCCUGGGGUCACCAGCGGGAUCCUAGCAGACAACCUGUUUGGGAACUACUAUGAAAAGGGAGACCUGGUGGCCAUGAUUGGCAUGGAGUCAGUUGAAGGGGUGGACGACCCUCUGACCAACGCUAACCGCUACGUCCUGGCUGACAUCACCAGCUUCUUCACUUUGCUGGUUGGCAUUUACUUCCCCUCUGUAACAGGGAUCAUGGCUGGCUCCAACCGCUCUGGGGAUCUGCGUGACGCCCAGAAGUCUAUUCCCAUUGGCACAAUAGCAGCCAUCACCACAACCUCCACUGUCUACAUGUCCAGUGUGGUUCUGUUUGGUGCCUGCAUCGAGGGCGUGGUCCUCAGAGACAAGUUUGGGGAGGGAGUCCACGGGAACCUGGUGAUCGGCACAUUGGCUUGGCCAUCGCCGUGGGUGAUCGUGAUUGGCUCCUUCUUCUCCACCUGCGGGGCAGGCCUCCAGAGUCUGACAGGAGCUCCUCGCCUCCUGCAGGCCAUUGCCAAGGACAGCAUUGUGCCCGCCCUCCGGAUCUUUGGCCAUGGGAAGGCCAACGGGGAGCCCACAUGGUCCCUGCUGCUGACAGCCUGCAUCUGUGAGAGUGGCAUCCUCAUCGCCUCCCUGGAUGCAGUGGCCCCCAUCCUCUCCAUGUUCUUCCUGAUGUGUUACAUGUUUGUGAACCUGGCCUGUGCCUUGCAGACCCUGCUGAGGACCCCCAACUGGAGACCCCGCUUCAAAUUCUACCACUGGGCUCUGUCCUUCCUGGGGAUGAGUUUGUGUCUCACUCUGAUGUUCCUCUGCUCCUGGUACUAUGCCAUUGUCGCCAUGGCAAUUGCCGGCUCCAUCUACAAGUAUAUCGAGUUCGCAGGGGCGGAGAAAGAGUGGGGUGAUGGGAUACGAGGUCUGUCUCUCAGCGCUGCACGAUACGCUCUCAUGCGGCUGGAGGAAGGGCCCCCACACACCAAGAACUGGAGGCCCCAGUUGCUGGUCCUGGUUAGCACGGACGCAGAGCAAAAUGUGGAGCAGCCUCGCCUGCUCUCUCUGACCAACCAGCUGAAGGCAGGCAAAGGCCUGACCAUUGUUGGCACGGCUCUGGAGGGCACCUACCUGGAGAACUCUGAGCAGAGCCAGCGUGCAGAGCAGGCGCUGCGUAAGCUGAUGGAGACGGAGAAGGUGAAGGGCUUCUGCCAGGUGACAGUAUCCUCAAACCUGCGUGACGCCACAUCCCAUCUGCUUCAGGCCAGUGGGCUGGGAGGUCUCAAACACAACGCCGUGCUGGUCAGCUGGCCACGCAACUGGAAACAGGCCGACGAGCACCAGACCUGGAGGAACUUCAUUGAGUUGGUGAGGGAGACCACCGCCGCCCACCUGGCUCUGCUUGUGCCCAAGAACAUCUCAGCCUUCCCGUCCAAUGGAGAGCGUUUCACCGAGGGCCACAUCGACGUGUGGUGGAUCGUCCACGAUGGAGGCAUGCUGAUGCUGCUGCCCUUCCUGCUCCGCCAGCACAAGGUUUGGAGGAAGUGCAAGAUGCGCAUCUUCACUGUGGCCCAGAUGGACGACAACAGCAUCCAGAUGAAGAAGGACCUGACCACUUUCCUCUAUCAUCUCCGCAUCGAUGCUAUGGUGGAGGUUGUAGAAAUGCAUGACAGUGACAUCUCAGCCUACACGUAUGAGAAGACCCUGGUGAUGGAGCAGCGAUCGCAGAUCCUCAAGCAGAUUAAUCUGACGAAGAAUGAGCGUGAGAGAGAGAUCCAGAGCAUCACUGAUUCAUCCCGUGGGUCUAUCCGCCGUAAGAACCCGGCUGCUGUGACCACCCAGCUGAGUGUGACUGAAGACCAGCCAGGAGGCAGCAAGGAGGAGAAGCCUGAGGAGGAGUCAAAGUCGGCCUCUUCCCCUGUGUCCCCCCCUGCCCAGGUCCAGCUCAUCCACGACAACACCACCCCAGCCAGCCCCGCGACCCCAGCCACCCCGCUGACCCCGGCCACAGAGUCGGCUCAGAGCCCCGGGGAGCAGGUCCAGAUGACCUGGACCGAGAAGUGUGAUGGAGAGCCGGCCAAGCCACCCGGCGCAGCCACACCGGAGGGCAUCAAAGACAUCUUCAACAUGAAGCCUGAGUGGGAGAACCUGAACCAGUCCAACGUGCGACGCAUGCACACAGCGCUUCGGCUGAACGAAGUCAUCGUCAAGAAGUCUUCAGAGGCCAAGCUGGUCCUCCUCAACAUGCCCGGGCCACCCAAGAACCGGACAGGGGACGAGAACUACAUGGAGUUCCUUGAAGUCCUUACUGAGGGUCUCAACCGGGUCCUCCUGGUCCGCGGAGGCGGCCGGGAGGUUAUCACUAUCUACUCUUGAGAAAGCAGCCCCCCUCCACCCCUACCUAUCCCCUGUUCCUGUGCCACUUAUACUCCAACCCUCCUGUCCACAUUGCUUUGUACUCAUGUCACCCUAACAUUUAUUUAUGUACGAUAGUCCUCUCACACCCAACCAAUAGCCCAGCUCAGCUUCAGCACCUCUCCCUUUGCUCCCUCUCCUGUAGACUGGAUGAACAGUGUCACAUGUUCAGCCGCCAAGCCCAUCAUUCUAGCGCUACAAGCUACUGUAAUUACUCUAGGCUCUAGACUCAUUUAGACACGAUCUGGAUUUAUUCCUUAGGGGAAGAUAUUUCUACUCAGAGCUUUUUCUUUGCUAGUCCAUAGCCUAGUAACUUGCCUUGAGUUAAAGGGUCACUCAGCAGGGAGGUCUGGGUUGUUAGCUGAGGUGUGAGUGCACAUGCAUGUAUGUGUCUGUCUUUGUUUUAAUCACUGCAGAUGAGUUCAAGGAGUUUUUUUGCUAGCGUGGCAUAGGAGCGGCUACUGCUUCUACAAGUAGUCUUCUAUCUAAAGAGCUGAAAUGAGCUGAGGGGAGGAUUGCGUGUUCAAUCCAUCACAGAACAUGGACGCCUUCUGCAGCAUUCCAGCCUGCUGUUUUUGGAGGUGAAUCGUCUUUCAAUGCAAAGAGACUGCUACCCACGGUCAAUACCAGUGGCCUGACGGAGAAGAGCAUGGUCAUCCUUACGGACUGUGAAAUUCACAGUGAUAUUCAAAGAAGACUCAAAUGGUAUGUGGAUCCAAUGUCCAUGACAAACUGCGGUAUAUCACACUCUUUAACCUAGCAUGACAUCCUUAUAUCUGUGCGUGUGUUUUUUUGCCAUUGUUUUGUUACCACCAUCACUACCUAUCCACUCAUCCCCUUUUACUCCCUUCUUAGUGGCUAUUUAUCCCUGUGGCCACUGUUAGUGCCAAAAAACAACAAGGCUAGCUUGGUUUUUAGAGAUUGACACGUAAUUAAACUGUGAAUAGUGCAUUUCCUAGCAGGAUGGCAGUCUGACAGAGGAGUGGGGAGAGAGUAUGCCCUGGGAGAUCAUCAUUGUCAGAUGCCAGCACCCCUUGACCCUAGUGUGGAUCACUGUAAAUACUGUAAAAGCUCUGACGCGUUGUUCAGUAUGAGUGUAGUAUUUUUGUGACAUACUAAAAGCUUCUAGUGGAGAAACUGUUCCUUCGCUCAGAGGGUCAGCUAAAAAUGCUUUUUUUUUGGAUGGCUUAGGCUCCUAUCACUAUGGUAACUGUCACUGUAACCUUGACAAGUACUGCACCUGCACUGUCUGCCACUGUGCAACAAGUGAAAUUUUUAACGAAUUCAUCAAGUUCAUGAAACGGAUAUUAAAUGUGUUAUUUUUUCAUCUAGAAAACAAAUCUGUAUUUGUUAUGUUUAUAGACAGAGGUUAUACAUAUUUAUGAAAUAGUUCUAUCAUUUCGAUUGCCAUUCAAAGAUAUAUUGUUGUUUGCCAAAUUUAGAUAUAUGUGCCAUAUGAAAGUAUUUUUCAAAAAGAAUUAAUAAUCAAAAUUGCUUACAAGUGAGGUGUCACUGGAAUUAGCAUGGUGUUAACACUAUAGCUGGAAAGUCAUCCUGUAUAUGAUAAAAAAAAUAUAGAUUGCCCAGACUAACUUGUUUGUACCAACACCCCCUCCCCUACCAGAUAAUGAGGAGUUAAGAAUUUGAGCAUCUAUUGAUUGAUUGUUUCUGGGGUAAAUAAAUGGAAUGGACAAUGGCUUCUGUAGCGAGGAAACUGACUUUGUCCAUGAGGCUGAACUCUAUGCAGUAGACUCUCCAAAUGAGAUUUUCUAUCCUCUAGAUUGGUUAAGAUUUGAGCCAAACAUGUCCCCGACCAUAGGAAUGAAUCAUUAGUAAAUCAUAUAUAAAAUUGAAAAGUGCAUCUUGAAAGAAAUGUGCAAUAGUUGAAAUCCGGACUCACGUGAUCACGCUAUUUAUUUUUUUACACAUAUAUUUUGUAUAUGUAGAUUUCAUGAGUCUUCAGAACCAUCUCACUCUGACCAAGGACAGCUGUCACUAUGCUUUGACUAUUUUUUUGUUGUUUGGUUUUGUUUCUUGAACAAACUGUUUUUGGUCAUUUGCACUUGUAGUAGAUCUAUAAAUAUAAAUGAAUACAUAUAUACAAUAGAGGGAAGCAAAACAAAUUAGUUUAUAGAACUAUUAAAAACAGUAUUAAAUGUUUUUAGUGUUGUUUGAAUGUCAGACCAUAUGUUGUGAAUGCUGCUAGUAUUAAUAGAUUUAUUUGUACUGUAAAUAGAGAUGACUAAAGGAACAUAAAAGAUAAAGUGAAAAAGGGUAUAGGCUUCAUAGACAUACAUAUCAGUGCUGGUGUUUGUCUACCAAGACAAGGCUUUACUUGUAAACUUUUGGCCUGCGAUCUCUGGACAGGGUUAGCUUUCUGUUUUAUUCGAGAACCUUAUUGAAGAUGUUUGACGCAAUAUUAUAAGGUCACUAGGGUGAGAUUUGUUUGGGGGGUCUGAGGGCAAAACCUCCAACCAUUUUGUUUCUUUUUUUUUUUAAAAAAACUGCUCUCGAUUAUUACCAUCUAAAAUCUCAUAAGAAACGUGAACCCAUUUUUAAGCAAAUAGCUCUCGAAUUUGAACAGUGUACUUAAAUAAGAUGACAAAAAUUUGAGUUGAACAUGAACAUCUCUUUGAGUUGUCUUUAAAACGUUGCAGGUUGUGAAUUUUUAACACACAUACCUGUGGCACAUAUGAUAUUUUAAGAAGCAGCAGCCACAUCUAGCUGUCAGUGAUUGGGACGCCAAGUUACCUUUUUUUUUUCCUCAAUAUGCUUUGAUGUCACACUUACUUAUGACAAAGUAGUAAAACUUCACAUCAGGUUUUGAAGAACAUGGCUAUUUUGGGAUUGUCACUUAGAACAUUGCCUGCAUUGACUGAGCCUUUUAAAUCUAUUCAAAAGAAAAAAAAAUAUCUGAUGUUUAUUGAAAAGUUUAUCGGAAAUGAAUUUAUUUAUUGAAUUAUAAAUGUUUUAUAAUUACUGUUUGCAUGGUCCUACGUGGCACUAUUUGUUUUAGUGGUUUCUAUAGUGCGAUGACUUACAUGUUCAAGGUGCAGCGUUGGGGAAGGGAUGUUCUCUUUUGAGCAGCAUGAAAUGUUGCCUCACUUACAGAUACGAGAACCCAGGAACGUUUGCCUUAUGGCAACAUUACUAGACCUUGAAAAGAAGUCUUUUGCAAAAAAACAAACAAACAAACAAACAAACAAAAAAAAAAUUAAAACAAGAAAAAAGUAUGAGUUCACUAUACUGGUACUUGUUAUUUCAAUCUUGCUCAAGUAGUGUUAUGUAACGUAAUAGGAGACUUUUAGUUUGUGAAUGGAUGGCAAUGGCCUGAGGAACGGUCAUUUCACCUUUGUAAAUAUUGAUCACUGCAGUCAGAGACACUGUAACCUACUGAAGUGUUGUCUUUUGUUGUACACUGUUCUAUCACUGUGGACAAAGUCUUAGAGUUUUGUAAGAUUAUGUGCAAUAUUGUUCUCUCAUGGGUACUUUUAAUUCGUCACAGUUUCUCAGUUCCUCUUUUCAUUGAAGUGACUGGCAUUGUCAGCAGUCAGUCAUGUCAUCCGAAUGUUUUUGCCAGGUCUUACGGACCAUAAAGAUCUAAAGUCUUCAUCCCAGUUGUGGCCGAGACAGCAAAGCACUUUACACUGAAGUGAUCAGAGGACAGUCUACAGCAGCUGGUGGGCCAAUGAGAGCCGACCUGCUCUGUACAGACUCUAUCCCACAGUGAUCUCUAGAGGCACGGGGGUGUAUUACAGCCAGCUGUGGCGGUCGGAGACAGCACAUACGAUUAAGCGUUAUUCUAGUCCAUCCUCUCACUGCAGUUCUGAACUGCAAUAAACUACCUACCUAUUGAUUUUGUUUACAUCCUAUCAUUUAAGUAUAUUCUACUACAUUUGGCAUGUAUCACAGUUUCUUUCCCUUUUCUUGCCAAACCUCUUGGAAGAAUCAUAGUAACUGUUGAAUUUUUAGUGGUUGUCACUCAAUCUGUGAGGUGAGCCUCCCUAAAAUCCCGCCGUCCCAGCCCCACCCCAAUUCCCUGGCCUCCCCCUCCCAGUCACAAAUCCACCCCAGCUCUGUACUUAUAUGUGAUUGCAGUAUAAUUCUGAAAAAUGAUCAAAGAAUAUAAAACAAGCGCUUCCACUUCUGGUACUGGCUCUGCUUGGACGAUAAUGUGAGAUGCAAAUGAAACCAGCAUGUUCCUCAUUGCCAGCUGAUCCAAACCUUCACCUGCACAACUGUAGCAUAAGACAAACCUGCCGGUGAGCAUUACAAAGUCUCCAUCCUCACGUGGAUAUUAAGGGCUCUGAAACACAUCUGUUACCGGGUUGAGGAGGCUUUCCUUUCAAGACACCAACAGAGAAAACACAUGAAACCACCAAUUGGUACGCAGUGCCUCACACUAGCUUUUUGUCAAUCAGAGGAAGCUGAGAUGUGGAUACGCAGGCUGUAGCUGAGGCGAGAUUACACACCAUACCCAUCAGUAGCCUCAUAGAAGCAGCCAAUCUGUGAUUUUUGGAGGUUAACACGAAACAAACAAACAAAGAAACAAAAAAAAAAAAAGCUGCAUUUACAUUAUAUGAUCUCUCUGGGAGUCUGGUGAGAAAAACUGAAGAUGCUAUCCAUGCAGUGCAAGCAGAGCCCUAUUCCAGUUAUGUUGUGUAACUCAAUGCAUGCAUGCAAUUACCCUGAAACAAGGUGUAGUAUUGAAAAUAUAUUGGGUGUUUGUGGUAUUAAAAAAAAAAAAAAGUAUUUCGUUCAUAUCAGUUUAACACACAUUUCUUUUAAGUAGAAUGAAUUGUUUGCUAUCUUUUCUUUUUGACUGGCCAAUCAGUGUAUCCAAGAUGAAUGAAUAUUAGUUGCAGUACAAGAUUCUAUUUUUAUGGUAGAUUUGUUGAAAAGGUCCUCUCACACUGUUGUCAAUUGUGUCAUAUAUAUCUGCAGAUAAACUGAUAACCAAAGUAUAUUUCAGUUAACUACAUAUAUGAUAGGUGUGCAUAUGUAUACUCCAGUGAAUUAGACACAAACUCUGGAGAACGCACUUCAUUUGCUGUCAUGUGAAAGUUCUUCAUCUGGACUUUUAGUUGAUAUUAAAAAAAA